AUGCUGGUGGUCCACUGCGAGAAUCUUAAGAUUAUUUUCUCACAACUGAGAAAAUUCUACACUGAGGACGACAAUCUUUUGGUCAAAGAUGUGAGACGUCGUCACAAUUCAGCUCAUAUUCAUGGCAUCACUUAUGGAGUCAUAGCUUAUUGGAUUAUGCUGUGGUUCUCAGAAAUCCUCCUCCAAGUUUUCAUUCGACAAGUCGGCGGUUUACCUUAUCCAAUGCAAUAUUACAUCCCUUUCCUCAGUCCGGACAAUCUUUACUUUCAUCUGACGAAUACUGUGUUUCAGUGCUUUAUCUUCUGUGCAACUCUCACAGCGAUUGGAACAAGUGAUUGCAUGAUUAUUAUGUUCGCUUUCCAAUUACGCAGUGAAUUAGUGAGCUUGGAAGAAGUGAUUUCCAAGCUAGAACACAUCGAAAUGUACAAGGAGCACCAAGAUAUCUUGAAAACAGCUUAUCGAAUGCACUUGAAGUUGCUGAAUAUGUUUCAUGAGCUGUCAGAUAUUCUUUUUUACAUGUCCUUCUCGCAGAUCUUAUCCACUUUCAUUGGAACAACUUUUCUCUUCUAUGUCGUCGUUAUGUAUGGCCUAGAUAUAGCUCAUUUCAUCAUAAUAGUGGUGGUCAUUUGUCAAAUAUUCACUUUUUGUCUCUUCGGGGAGAUUAUAUUUGCGAAAAUGUCUGCAUUUCCGAAUGCCUUUUAUCUCACCAAAUGGUAUGAAUUCACACCGGAAGAUAAAUGGAAUCUUCUUCAUAUCCUUCACAAUGCUCAGAAACCUUGCGGCCUUAAAGCUGUCGGCAUUGUGGAUGUUUCCAUCUACACGUUUGUUGAGUUGGUGAAAUUAUCAGGAUCUUAUUGCGCAAUUAUUCAUGCUCUCAGCAACAAAGGCACUUCCAGUGGACAGUGA